UGUCAGCGCGGUCCGUGGCGGUGUUGGGAAGAGGGCUGCCGCCAUGAUAGAACAACAGAAGCGUAAGGGUCCAGAGUUACCGCUGGUUCCAGUCAAGAGGCAGCGGCAUGAGUUGCUUUUGGGAGCCGCGGGGUCGGGCCCCGGAGCGGGACAGCAGCAGGCGGCGCCGGGAGCUUUGCUGCAAGCGGGGCCUCCAAGGUGUUCCUCUCUUCAAGCCCCAAUCAUGCUUCUCUCAGGACAUGAAGGGGAAGUGUACUGCUGCAAGUUUCACCCCAGUGGAUCCACCUUAGCAUCUGCAGGAUUUGACCGACUGAUAUUGUUGUGGAAUGUCUAUGGUGACUGUGAUAACUAUGCAACAUUGAAGGGACACAGUGGAGCAGUGAUGGAACUGCAUUAUAACACAGAUGGCAGUAUGCUCUUCUCAGCAUCCACAGAUAAAACUGUGGCAGUGUGGGAUAGUGAAACAGGCGAAAGGGUUAAAAGGCUGAAGGGACAUACCUCCUUUGUGAAUUCCUGUUACCCGGCCAGGAGGGGCCCCCAGCUUGUCUGCACUGGCAGUGAUGAUGGUACAGUUAAGCUUUGGGACAUCCGGAAGAAAGCAGCCAUCCAGACAUUUCAGAAUACCUACCAGGUGUUAGCUGUGACCUUCAAUGACACAAGUGACCAGAUUAUUUCUGGUGGAAUAGACAAUGAUAUCAAGGUCUGGGACCUGCGCCAAAACAAGCUGACUUACACCAUGAGAGGCCAUGCAGAUUCGGUGACUGGCCUGAGUUUAAGUUCUGAAGGCUCUUAUCUCCUGUCCAAUGCAAUGGACAAUACAGUGCGGGUCUGGGAUGUCCGGCCAUUUGCUCCCAAAGAGAGAUGUGUAAAAAUAUUUCAAGGAAAUGUGCACAACUUUGAAAAGAAUCUUCUGAGAUGUUCUUGGUCACCUGAUGGAAGCAAGAUAGCAGCUGGCUCAGCCGACAGGUUUGUGUACGUGUGGGAUACCACAAGUAGGAGGAUUUUGUAUAAGUUGCCUGGCCAUGCUGGCUCCAUCAACGAAGUGGCUUUCCACCCCGACGAGCCCAUCAUUCUCUCAGCAUCCAGUGACAAGAGACUGUAUAUGGGGGAGAUUCAGUGAGUGGGGAGUGGACGACUCCAGGGCUGCUUGACCUCAGGCUGCAUCAGCGGCAUCCAGUGGUGGCCAGGCCAGCACCCUCCCUCGAGACAAAGAUCAAGAAACUAGUAGGAGGUGGCCAUAUUCCAGCAACCACAUGUAUCUCAUUUCACCAGGAUGAUUAAGGCAAGCUCACAGUGGCCUCUAAAGAACCACCUGCCGGAUUUCAGGGACUGUUUGUUUUUUUUUUCUUCUUUACUUUUUUUUUUCCUUUUUAAUAUUCCUUCAAAGGGACAGACAUUGGUUGGUUUGCAGCUUCCUGUUUUCUAAUCGAGACCGAAGACAGAGAAUGUGAUGAAAUUUGUUUGGGGAUUUUUUUUUUUUAAUUCAAUAACUGGCUUGUAUAUUUUCUUUCUGUGUUUCUCUGAGUCAUUUUGUAUUAAAAACCAAAUAGAUGCCUUUUUACAAGAGCCAUGUAGAUUGGACUUAU